AUGUAUUUCAAUGGCAAUGAAAAGGGGAUCCACAACAACGGUCUCAUCUACACCAGUGUGGAAAAGGUGUACAUAGCAGAUUUGAGAGAAGCUCCUAAAGAAAAUGGACGACCCAUAGAUUAUCUGCAUUUUUUAAGCAAAAAAAAACGACUUAAUAAGUUGGAGAGGCUCCUAAACAGUCACGUUAUAAACACCCAAGUGGUAGUGACAAAUUUUGCAGAUCAUGAGGACGAAGUUAUAAACUGUGAAUACAUGCACCAAAGUGUGUGGAGAAAUAAAAUAUGUUUUUUUUUAAAAAAUGUUUUUUUGUCAAGUUUUUUUUCAAGUGAGUACGCAAAUAAUAUCGUUAGGGAGUACCAGCCAAGGGUCAUCUCCCUUAACUGCAAAUAUGACAAUAAAAUAUACAUGAGUGGCAGCUCCGUAUAUCUGUGCGUUAACGAUUUGACCAAGUUGAGGUUGACUUCGCAUAGGAAUGUGCACAGGGAUAGGUUUAAAGUGAACAAUGUGGUACUGCUAGAUACCUGUAGCGGGGGAAAGGCGAAACCGGGGGGGGCUAACAGUGGGGAACCCGGCAAUGGGAAGGCUCCUAACGGGGAUUCGUCUCCGGGAAAAGGACCGUUCGUCGAAACACCCAAUGGGGAACCCAAGUUGAUGGAAAAAUAUCGGCAGUUUUUUACAGACACGUACACAUACCCAGUGGACUUGGUCGGGUUAUACAACCAUGGAACGGAUCUCCAAAAAUUUAGUGAAAAAUUAAAAAAUGUAUUAACCCUUAACGGAUCAAACGAUGCGGAAGUUUAUGCAGUCCCAGUUAAAUGGCAUGAAUGCUCUUACGAUGUGAAUGGGAAGAACGCAGCUUCCAAAACGGGAAAUGGGGAUGGUCCACGUUCCAACCAUUGGCUCUCCGUUAACCAGCCUUAUAACGUCCCUAACAGCGAAAUGGACAGCUUAUCUGAUGCGUUUAGUAUGAAUAACGUAGCAGAUAUUUACAGCAGCAUUUUUUCUAACUCGUCUGUAAACGAGGAGGGGACCCAUGUGAACAGUUUGGUCAAUAUGUAUAACAUGUACGGGGGGGAUGAAGGUGGUCUGGACGUGGUAGUAAAUCCCAACCGUGUAGCACAGAAUGCAUGUGGACAGAAUGGGGGCAAAAAAACCGUUGGAGUGACAAACCAAUUCAAUUACCUGGAUAUACAGACGAGAGGGAAGAUCGGGGAGGUGCACCCCGUCUAUGAACUCGAUGCAGGCUACAUAGAAAGGGAGUUCCUUUCCGGCCUCACCCAGGAUGGGAAAGUCACACGCGAAGGGAACAACAAGCAUAGCGGACAGCAGAAUAACGCUCAAUAUAGUGUGCCCGGCAACCCGAACGAUGUGGUGGACCUGCACGAUCUGCUAGCGAGAAGUAAAGCCAACAAAAAGAAAAAAACAUUCUCCCUUCAUGAUAAAAAAUUUUACAUUAACUACGAUUCAGAAAGCAGCAGUGAUGUGAGUUUAUCAGCCUUGCUCAGCUUAAGCUGCGGGGCAGCCAAUGGUGCAGCGGAAAAGGGGCAGAUGGAUGGAAUAACAUUAAGCAGCUCCACAGAUGGAGGAAUAUUGAAAAAUUACCUAAAGGGGGAUCACCUAAAGGAGGAGAAAUUUGCGAAUGGGGGAGAGGACACUCUGGAGGGGGGUACAGAAAAUUGCAUACUAAGCGAAAUCGAAAAGAAGAAAAAAAAAACGCUCAGUGAAAAGGGGCUGAUGGGAAUGAACUCCGGAAAAAACGACCACGCCGCUGUAGAAGAGGCAAAACUGCGAAAGAUCGACAAAGUGCUGGAUUUUUUAAAAAACCAUAGGAACGUCUAUUAUAGUGUUAACGAGAGGGUACUAGAAAGGGAGUGCCUGUACAAUAUUAUGUGCUGCGUUCCGGAGGAGGACGUAACAGGAGGAAUUUCAAACGGAAUUGCAAAUGGGAACACGCACGAAGCUGCCUCCCAUACAAAGAGCAAGCAGGAAGAAAUUGCAAACUACCUAGUGGAGUACAUAGGGAGAAUCCUCCUGGAUGUAAAAAUAGAUCACGAAAAAAACGCACAUGUGUUUAUUAAAAAGGAAAGAAAUUUUUACCAAGUGCAAAAAAUAAUUUUUAGCAAUGGCAUAAUUAGCAGUUGCUGCAUUCGUGAUACAUGCAACUUCUUGAUUGGUCAAUUGGUUAACAGGAAAGCGGGAGAGAGGUGUAAGCUGUGUUAUGUUGUGUCCUUCUGGGGAGAAUACUGCAGCUUUAUCCAUUUUGAUAAACCCACGCAGGAGAUGUGCAGCCAAACCUGCAUCCACCUUUUUUUUUUCUGUUCCCCGGAGACGAUAUACAUAACGAUGGUGAAUACCCAAGACCGGGUGUUCUGA